GAAGCUGGUAUCAAGGGGUUAUUCCGGUCACCUCGCUGAGUGGAGACCUUUGAAGAAGAAAAAUUAUAUACAUAGAAACCCUCCUCAGCAUCUCGUUAUAUAUACAAACCCACUUACUAUACACAUUUGGCAUCACAGAAUCACCCUCCAGCCAAUUAUAUCAUUUAGCGAACCAGCUUUAGAGUAGCUACAUAGACACACUAUCGCAAGCACCGUUGAAAAAGAGGUAGCAUAUUGAUAGCUCUGAGAGAAGCAACAGUUGGCCGAGUUGGCACUACUGUUCCCUGAACGAUAGUUUCCGGAAGGCAUCGCUCUUCACGGCCUCCUUUACGUGGGGUUGACGCGUUGAUGUGCCAUGUCAUAAUGAAUAUUUAGAGGCAUGGGAGGGAGAGUGGGUGCUUGAGAGUAUGCCCAGGGGAGGUAUUUGACAUGGGGUGUCCUUGGGGGGUGCGGGGAAUGCACUACAAAGGCAUUAAUUGUGCGAAACAAGUGCAGCAGCUAAACACGUUGGAGGGACAGCCAAGGAAAUACACUCUACACCACACACACACACAAAAAUACAUGUACGUUGAAGAAAAGGCUUCGGCCACAGAACAUGAAGGCCUGGGGGGGUUUCGUCAGCCUACAUAACCAUGCAUGCCACGCUCCCAGACUGAGAAGCAACAGGCACAAAUUCAAAAUCGGGCGAAGGCAGGGGCGGCGGGAUGCAUGCCGGCCACCACUGGCAACUGUAGGCGAGGCAGGCGGCCCCGAGUGCGGCGGCAGACACGCCACGUCCGGCAAGUGACACAGGAAUUCAAGCGCCUUUUAAGCGGAUACACGAGCUUGUCACCCACUCUCUGAUGAAGCCGAGGCUCGCCAACUGGACCCAUCGCCUGUGAGGGCCAAGCACAUCCCGGGGGAGCGUGGGAACAGCGGGGCGGCGGGGCGGAGCAUCGCUGAGGGACGCAGGUAUUACACACAGGCAAGAUGGGCGUGGAGAAUGGCGGAAAGCUGCUGGACGACUUCUCGUGGGUCAAAGGAGACGGCGGCCACAAGCACGGCUUCGACCUGCUUGAGGAGCUGCAGAGCAAAGACGCCUUGACGGUGCCGGCCAUUCUAGAGUUCGCCGCCAACAAUCAUGGCGAGGCGCAGUGCAUGGGGACGCGACAGCUGCUGGAGCGGCAAAAGAUCCAGGAGAACGACAAGAAGCUGGUGAAGCUGCGGCUCGGGGAUUACAGCUACAUGUCCUACAAGGAGGUGCUGGACAAUGUGACGAGCUUCAGCGCAGGCAUGAGGAACAUGGGUCUGGGGAGCGGCGACCGCGUGGCCAUGUUCGCCGAGACGCGCGCUGAGUGGUUCGUGGCGGCGGUGGGCUGCCUCACCAACAACUCCAGUGUGGUGACGCUGUACACCAACCUGCCGAACGACAGCAUCGCCGAGAGCCUCAAGGAGACGGAGGUGCACACGGCCAUAACCUCCCACGACCUGCUGCCGCGGUUCUUCAAGAUCGCGCCGCAGUGCCCGCUGCUGCGCCGCAUCAUCGUCAUCGAGGACCAGCUGGAAGGCGUCGGCUCCACCCUCGAGGCGCCCAAGGACAUGCAGGUGAUUGGCUUCAAGGAAGUGCUCACUCUGGAGACUUCGGAGGACGCCAAGCCGCACGAGCCACCUAAGGCUGACGACGUGGCCAUCAUCAUGUACACGAGCGGGUCCACCAGCCGACCCAAGGGCGUGGAGUUGAGCCACCGCAACAUCUUCUCUGCCAUCACGGCGUACUGCAUCCAGGCGGACCUCGGCCUCGGGGACACCUACAUCGCCUACCUGCCGCUGGCCCACGUGAUGGAGCUGGCCACCGAGACGGCCCUCAUGGCUAUGAACGUGACCAUCGCCUACUCGUCUCCCUUCACGCUCACUAACACCAGCGCCAAGGUGAUGAAGGGCACGCUGGGCGAUGCACGGGUGGCGCGUCCUACCUGCAUGAGUGCGGUGCCCCUCAUCCUGGAGCGCAUCAUCAAAGGCGUCACUCAGGCCAUCGAGAGCCAAGGCAACAUCAAGGCCAGGAUAUUCAAGGAGGCGCUCAAGUACAAGCAGCGGCAGGAGGGCGCCUCGUUUGCCAGCAAGGUCUUGGACAUACUCAUUUUCAACCGCGUGAAGGAAGAGCUCGGCGGACAGCUGCGAAUGCUAGUGGUGGGUGGCGCCCCUGUGUCGCCCGAGACCCACAAUAAGAUACGCGCCAUGUUCGGCUGCACGUUGCAGGUGGGCUACGGCGCCACGGAGACCUCCGCGUGCAUCACAAGCAUGGACACCCACGACGCCCGCACGGGGCACUGCGGGCCGCCCAACCACGGCGUGAAACUCGUGCUGGAGGACUGGGCGGAGGGCGGCUAUCUUGUCACGGACAAGCCCAACCCGCGCGGUGAAAUCGUGGUGGGCGGCCCCAUGGUCUCCCGAGGCUACUUCCGCUCCCCGGAGAUGACCAACAAGGUGUUUUUCGAGCGGGAUGGCAUGCGCUGGUUCCGGACGGGUGACAUCGGUGAGAUGGACGAGACGGGCGUCCUGCGUGUCAUUGAUCGCAAGGUGGACCUCAUCAAGCUGAACAACGGCGAGUUUGUGUCGCUGGGCAGCAUCGAGAGCAAGCUGAAGACACACCCGCUCGUGGACAGCAUCUGCGUGUGUGCACACCCUGGGGCCAAGAAUGUGGUGGCCAUCGUCGUACCACACCCGGACCACAUCAAGAAGAUCGGGACCAAGUUGGGCCACCUAGAGGACACCACCACGCAGGACAUGUGUGAUGACAAGGCUGUGGCGGAGGCUGUCCUGGAGGAGCUGAAGGCUCACGGCAAGAAGCAGGGCCUCGGGCGGUGGGACCUGCCCGCCGCUGUGUUCCUCACGCCCGAGCCCUGGACGCCGGAGUCUGGGCUGGUGACGGCGGCGUUGAAGGUGAAGCGGACGCCCAUCAAGGCGCAGUUUAAGGCUGUGCUUGAGGGUCUGUACAAGCACCUGGAGGAGCAGGAUUAGCUGGCCCCAUGAGUCUGGGAGACUCGGGCAGGCCAACAGGGAUCAUUGCUCGCGCUAUUUUCAUUGGGGUCACUAACUGCAUUCCUUUCGCAACCCCUCAGAGUUAUUAUCACGUUCUUUGAGUCCAGGAUUUACAAAGUAAAAGAUCUCGGUCGGCUGACAAACCAGCACGAUAAGGUAGAUUAACUCAUUCGUCUACAGAUUCACACAAACCCGAUUCACAUAAUAUAACAAAUAAAAACCAUGAGCAUCAGUAAAUAUUGCCGAACAGGUCGCACAAUCCGGCCACAACAAAAAGGGUCCGAGCCGUCAUUAUAUAAUCGCUAGAAAAAAAUCGCAAACUUCCUCAUGAAGUUAACGAUUAUUAUUCCUGAAAAAAAAAAAACUCGUCAAGCCAAACACUGCGGUAAUUGACGGCCCGAUACGUGGCGUGGGCGAGCCAGCGAGGUCAACGCGGCCGCCGAUGAGGCUCAGCAAAAAGGAAUUAAUAAAGCUGCGUAAUGUGGCCAGAACACGAGUUCUCUUGAUGCGCCAUUAUUUUGUGGUAAUGAACGGAAACUAUGUACCGGUAGGAAAAAAAAGAAAAAAAAACCGCAUUAUUUUUCUACCCUCGCAUGGACGGGGAAAAAGAUUUGAGUAUUUUUGCAAUCCAGAGCAUUUCGGAGCAUAAUAUUUAUAUUGGUGUGAAAGUUUAUAUAUUGUACUGCAGUAUACCUUAUCGUGAAAAUGAUAUAGAAAAUGUUAAAAAUUCUGAGCGGAGUGUCUGAAGAGGCUGCGGGCGUCACGGCGUGCAGCGCUUGACACACCGACGCGUCCGUCUCGCCGACAUGCAACGAGGAAUCAAACAAGUCGAUCACUAAACUUCUGUUUCGUCUCGAGGACAGGCCACGCGCGGCGACCACCAACACCUUGUACCACCUCACCAACAGCUGUUUCAACACCACCACCACCCAGGGAGAGUUAGGCCACUCGCCAUCUUGCUUCUCUGCCGCUUAUGCUCACUGCCUCCUACCCAGUGUUCCUGCCUCAACACACGCUGCUAUAACUUCCAUUGUUUCCAGUUUUAUCUUUUGUUGGUAAGCUUGUGUUCAGGGAGAAGCGCUGGCUAGGGGGCAGCAAGCCUGGCCGGCAUUCAUGCAAGACGGCGUCUGGGCAACCCAUGGCUUAACUCUGCCUACGACUGUCACCACCACCACCACCACCACCACCGUAUACCUAUUCCAUCACCUUAGUCUGUUCCACUACCUCCACCUCCUCACACCCUCGUGGGCCACCGCCAACAUCGCCACUUGUCUUACGUGCUUCCGAUGAUGUCACGUCCGCGGCAGCGCGUGUUACCUGUGUCGUGGUGGUGACGGUCACCGCCUGUGAGCAGGGUGUGUCCCCCCAGCACGCAGCCACCUUGGCCGUGGGCCGCCACCCCCGAGGUGCUGCCUCUUACUGAGUAACGCUUCGUCCGCCAGGAUAGUGAUGAAGACAAAGCCUUAAAAAGUUUACAAAAUGAUGAAUAUUUAUUAUAUUCACCAACAUUUCAACUGUCUCACGGAAAUGUAGAAAUAUAGAUUUAAAUAUAUUUUUUUUCGCUAGCACUACUAUUACUGAAAUUGCAUACGGAUGCUCAGCUAAGUAUUUGAAGCGAUGAUAUAUAUAUAUAUAUAUAUAUAUAUAUAUAUAUAUAUAUAUAUAUAUAUAUAUAUAUAUAUAUAUAUAUAUAUAUAUAUAUAACGGUAACAUGGAUCUCAGAUCUGUUCUAUUUUAUAUACAAAUAAAAUGGGUUGGAAUAAUGAAAAUUCCUAUCGGCCCUGUAUCCGAAGGAAAAAAUAUUUGAUUCAGCGAACUGUCAAAAAUUUUCACCGAAAACGGAAGCAAACGGGAAAAAAAUAAUUAAAGUUUGGAGCAUCGUGGUGGGGAGGCGACGGCGGCCCCGGCCCCGCGCGGCGUUGCGGUGCCCGGCUGCCUCGGGGCACGGCCCCGCCAGUGCUGGGCGUCCCGCCGUGAAGGGCGUGACCUCACCACACCUGUCCUCGAUGACCCUUCGUCCGCGACCCCGCGACGAAACCUGCCACCGAAAUAGUGUCAUAAUACAUGUUCGCAUCUUGAGUCAUCGGAUAUACCAGAGCUCUUCAAUUAUUACACCUACGUACCUACCCACCUACACACACACACACACACACACACACAAACACACACACACUAGUUCGGCAUUACUUUGUACACACUUCUUGCGUCACAGGUAGCGUGCUGUGAUUUCGCUGCCGGAUAUAACAUCACGUAGUCGCUGUCCACGUCAAUGUCAGGUGUAGAGCGUAGGGAAAACUCGCUUGGUGUCUGCCACUGUGUACGCGUCUGACGUGUACAUGUGUGCGUGUGUGGCUCCUCCAGUGAUGGCUGCUGCGGCGCCGCGAUACGCCGGCGCCUUGACCAAAGGAGCCGAGUACGUGUGAACCAUGUUUACGGUUAUGUUGUAUAUUAUUAUCUUUUAUUAUAUUACGUUUUAUAUUGUUUACACGGAUGUAAUGAUUUCGUUAUGAGGAGUUGGACGAUGUGUGAUGAGUAUUACGUUUGUACACUCCUGAAUUUGUCUUCCACUGUGUGUGUGUGUGUGUAUCUGUGGAGACUAUUUAUUGUGUUAUUUAUUUUUUUACGGAAGGAAGAUUAUUUACAGAGAAGGCAAACGGGACGAAGGACGAAUGAAGGAACGAAGGAGUCACGCAUACACUAAAUGGUCCACAGUCAUUGCCUUGUUGUGUGAUAGUGCCUUAUACAGAUACCCGAAGAGAGAGAGAGAGAGAGAGAGAGAGAGAGAGAGAGAGAGAGAGAGAGAGAGAGAGAGAGAGAGAGAGAGAGAGAGAGGAAAUUGAAUAAAUCUCACUUUCUCCUUUCCUCUUCCUACUCUUCUUCCUCCUCCUCGUCGAUGCCCGCUCGGUGUGUCGCUGUUCUUCUUACUCGUAACUUACAGCUGUCACACGUGGCUUUUAACACACACACACACACACACACACACACACACACACACACACACACACACACACACACACACACACACAGGGCCACGGUGACGACUUCGGGUGUCUUUAUGCCUUGUAGAUGCACAUAAAAGGUGAUUGAUUUACCAUAUUUUUUUCCCCCUGACUUGGCAAUACAUGUUUCUUACGCCAUAUA